CUUGUCAUGUUAGAACAUAACAAAAGACGAGCUCAAACGAUGUUUAGUUGAUAUUUUAUUUGCGAACAUAGCUUAUUUCACAUGUUGUCCAUAAAUGGUCCAUAGAGUUUUGUAGUUAAACAUAGUUUGAAAGAGGUGGAUUUAUCUGUUCUUUUAAAUAUCACCACUGUGCAUCGGAAGAAAGAAGCCAGUUCGCCGCCGCUGCCGAGUUGUGGACUGACGGGAUUUACACACAGGCCAUUUGAGGACACUUGUGAAAUUAUGUAGACAUAAACUUGUGUCAAGGUUGCGUGCAAUCAGUGUAUAUGCCACCGGGAAAACGAAGGAAAGUUUCUCAGGAUGAAAACAGUGUUCGGGACGGUGUUGGAAGUCGGGUAACACCAUCCCCUGCUGAGGAAAAAGGUUCUCAAGAAGAGGAAAAUGCCAGUCCAACAUCAACCAGUACAGAGAGGCGCAUGCGACAAUCGACGAAGAUCGAUGUGCCAGAGGCUGCAGGGGAUGAUGGGAAGGGGGCCGCACCCCAGGUGACUGCCCCCCAGGUGACCACGGCGAAGCGGUCAAGUACACGUGUCGUGAAGAAGACGAGGCGGGAUAUAAGCCCGCAGUGGUCACCUGUCAAGAAGGUUUCAUCUGUUCAGUCCAAGUUGAGUACCCCCGAAGCCAAGACAAAACGCCAGUGGGAACAAUGGAUGGAAGAAGACAUCAAGACGUUCUUUGAUGCCUUGUUUGAGCAUGGCAAGGACUUCGAUGCCAUCCAGUGUGUACUUGCCCAGCGAUGCAAGAAGCGGGGUGUCCACCCAUCUCUCAUCAAGAACAAGAAUCAAGUUCGAUUUUUCUACUAUCGUACAUGCCAUAAGAUCAACAAGUUCAUUCAGACCACAAAUGAUGUGAAGAAAGAUACUCAAGAGUUGUAUGCCCUCAUCAACUAUGGCAUUCUUAGAGAAACAAUUAAAAGCCGUUUAAAUGAGAAGACAGCUCUAAAGCUUUAUGAGCUUAUACACAAAGGUGUGACAAAUGUUAGGAUCAAAGGGAAGAACAAAAAGAUUCGGACGCCAGCAUGUAAUGCCUUGAAAAAAUUGAAUACCUUUGAAGAGCCCAGAGAAGAGCCAUUACUACAGCCAGUUCCAGAUAAGAUCACUGUGGAGCUGGUUCCAAGGACGAAUGAAGCAUGGUCACACGUCCAGUCCGUAGCCCAGAACCCCAGGGUCCGCUUCAAGCUGGCGGGGGAUCGGAGCGUCGCAUCCAUAGUUGGCUAUCUCACACGCAAGUGGAAGGAGCACAGAGUAAAACUUAAAGAGGCUGUGAGCAGUGCGGAGGAGGUGCAGAUGAAGAUGCUGACAGUGUUUCCACCAGCAGACGUCGCUCUCAAGCCUGUCCACGUCACUCCCUACACUGCGCCUAAAGUAGAUGUCACCUUUGCCAGCUAUAAAGAAAACCUUAUGGGUUCCCCCAGCACAUCAGGCAGCAGAACCUCCAAGAAAUCCAUCUCCGUGGAAGAAACUGUGAAGCCGAACAGCGACAACUCCUCUGAGGCUGAAGUUGCAUCCAGCACACCACCAAAAGUUGCCAAAGUCGCAUGUGAAUCUAAACCAGUAGAAGCCAAGGAGGACCCCACCCAUCCAGUUAGCUCCACCCCUGAGAUCAGCCUGCUGAUCGGGGAUGACAAUGCAGUAUUUCCAGACAAACCUCUGUUCUAUGACUUUGACCCAUUGCCAUCAAGUAAACUGUCCCUCUCCGGACCCUCCAUGUCUGUCCACACAGAACACCGGACCGACGGGGUGCAGAAACACGUGGAGGGAGGGGGCAAUGACAAUGCCAAUCACGCCACAUGCAAGAACAGUGAUGCUGGGCAGGAAAGUGUUGACAGUCAGGACAGUGAAGAUGGCUUGAAGGAGAUGGUGGCUGUGGCCAAAAUGGGAUGGACUGUUGAGAGUGGUCGGACCAUCACCCUGGCUCAGCUGUACCUGAUGUGUGGACAGGAGGAGACGGUGAAACUGGAGUACGACUGGUGUGACACCAAGACCAAGGGAAACACACAUUUCACUUCCACUCUCACCAACAUGCUGCGACGCUUGGCACACAUUGCUACCGUUGAGUUCAGGGAUCCUUCGAGAGUUAAGCCGAACACCGAUUCUGUGGCCAGGAAGAGUGUGCUGUGUUCUGUGUGUGGUGCCGUGGCGGAGAGGUCGAAGAAGGAGAAGUCGCGGAACGCUAAGUCCAAAUUAGGAAAGGACGACCAGUUUCAAGACGAUAACAGAGGAGGAAGUGAUAGGUGCAGCAUGGUGAGAGGGGACAUGAGUUGUGCGGACUCUGAGGGUCAGGAUGUGGCAGUGAAGGCUGAAAUGUUGGGGACCCAUAUCAAGCAUCCAACACAACAGAUAGUGAUGUCUAAACCGUUAAUACCCAACUCUGGUGAUGGCGUGUUCCGCGUGCCGGUGGGGGUCCCCCUCGUCCGCUACCCUCAAGCCGGGGUCAACCAGAUGAUACAGUCCCUGCAACAAAAGCAAUCUAAUUUUUUGAUGCACAAGAGGAGGAAAAUGGUUCGGCAAAAGCCGUUAAUAGUGCAAAGAACUUUGUUACCCAAAGCUCCAAGCGGACAGAUUGUGACAAUACUGCCUUCAAAUCCGACUCAACUAACAACAAAUAUAAUCAGCCCUCAAGCAUUGAGUCGAAGUCCACAGUCGUUAACACCACAGACAUUUUCACCAGUUAGUCUGAAUUCACCGAUUAAUGAUACCAAUCGGCCGAUGGAAACACAAGUGAUUACUAGUCAGAACGUCACCCCUCUUGGUGCAGGCAUCGAUGACAACUCCCCUCUCCUAUCUCAAGCAAUGUGUGCAGCCAGCCAGGGAAACAAAACACAAACACUAACUCUGGGAACAGGCCAGUCCCCUGUGAUGUCGACUGGUCAGCCUCUGAAUGUCCCUCUCUCUGUCAACACUGACAUCACAGCCACUACGCCUGGGCUGCUGCUCGGUACAUCUGCAGGUUCGGCUGUACCAGCAUGCUCCACCUCCAGUCAGAUGGCUGUCAAGAGGGUCGGCGGCAGUGACCUCAGCAUCUCCCCUCCCAACCUGUCCUCCCUCCUGGACAUGUCCCUCUCCUGCCCCCCUCCAGGUAAUGUGAUGGCUGACAAGCUGUUGGACAUGGCACUGGUGAACUCAAACUCCAGCUUCACAGCCCUCCUGGACUCAGCCUCACCCAAGUGUGGAGGAGGGGAUGCUCCAGUGUUCCGCUCAGUCGACGAGAGCAGUCGACUGAUCACACCCCCUCACAGUCCCAGCCAUUUGGGGCCAGGGGCAGACACACAGUGGCUCAAUGGGGAGGUAGCUGACAUGUCACUGACCAGCUUCCUCAUAUCCCCAGCCAAGAAGUCCGACUCACAAACAUCGCAGCCACCAACUUCCAUCGCUGCUCAUUUCCCCUCAUCCAUUUUCAGUGAGAACUCGCAGGAGUCCAUCGUAUCGAAGCUAGAUGUGGACACAACACUUCAGGUGAUGAUGAACGAGAACAGUAUGGAUUACGUGAGCAAGUUCGAGUCUCUGGCAGCACACAUCGCAGGUUCAACACUACCAAGACAUAGAGACGCCAAGCACUGAUCUGUGUUAAUGCAUGGAGAUUCUACCACACUACCAGGACAAGAGCCUUGAUGCACGACUCGUACUUCUGUCUCCAGAAGCAUACAUUCAAGUUCUACAUUACCACAAUCUAGUGACACACUGAUCACAAGUUGUGAUGAUUUUAAAACCAAACACUGAAGAGCUAGUCAAUCCAUUGCUGUACUGAUCACAGAGUCCGAAGCAGUAUUGUAAUUGCCACUACCCCUCCACCAUCCAGUACUCGCUGGAGGUCAGAUCAUGCCCAAGUCACCGACGCCCAUCUAGGAGUUGAGCGGGAUUCACGAGUUCCAGCACAUCUCACCAGAUGGUUAAACUAGUGGAGCUUAUUGCAUCAAGUGGCUAUAGUUUUUGAUCUUUGAAAUGUAUGCUGAUACUGUAAUUAGGAGUCUUACGGUUUUAGUUCCGAGAUGCAGAUCAUACACUUCUUGCUUACUUAUGAAAGCUAUUUUAAAGUAGACAAAUUAUUUUAAUAACAUUGAUAACCUUCGAUUACCGAUGUUAUGUAUACUUUUCUAUAAAGUUAAUAAUAAUAAUAAUAGGCUAUUUAUAUUGCGCUUAUUUCCACAUCACUAAGGGGCAUGCUCAAAGCGCUAUUAUUACCCCAGUCACUGGAUUAGUGUACACUCAAGAAUCAUUCUCAGCUCCCUUUUAGGCGCUAGAAGGUUAACCAACCACAUCUAAUCCUACCGGGUACCC